UUCACGAGCUGGCCAAGUGAAAAGUGCCUCGCACCGGACAGAAAAUCGAAAAUUUUCCAUUUUCACAUACAUAUACAUACAUCGAAACAUAUGUAUACUAGAUAAUUACUUUAAAACGUUUUAUAAACUUAAAUUUGGAUAACAAAGAAGUGUCUUAGUUGCUCUUAUAUUUACUCAUAUAAAUAUAGGAAUCCAACUUCUAUAACUUCUUUGCCACGAGAAAAUUUUGAAUACCUUAAAACGUGAAAGUCAAUAAAAAAUUGCGAAAUCGGGCGUGUGUUCCGAACUAUCUAUCUAAAUAUAUAUGCAUACAUAUACACUUAUGCAUAUGUGUGUGCCAAGUUUCGUGUUGGUUUUUUGUUCAACUUGAAACGGUCCAACUGAUCAGCACGCAGCUGACUGCCACACUCAGUAGAUUCUUUGUGUUAUUUUAUUUUGUUGUUGCUGCUUUUGCUGUUUUUGAUGCUGCUACUCUUUGGCGUUCUACGACGAAGAAAAGCUGAAAAGUCGCAUUAACGUAAAUUUCAACGACUGCCACAAAAAGUAAACAGACGCAAUAGCUGGCAAUAACAAGAAAAAGGAACAUACUGCAAUAAAUUGAGCGCAUCUCGCAUACCAGAAGCACCAGAUCGUUUCUUUGUUCAACUACAAGGGAAAAAAACAUAAAAAUCAGAUAAAAAUUUACAGCAAGAAUGGGCAACGCGGAGUCGUCGCAGCCAGCACAUGAAUCAGCCGAAGAGCAGCCAGCGUUGAGUGUGGGUGGCGCCACGUCUUCAACGACAACGACUGAGCCUGAGGAUGAGCCCUGGUGGCACAAGAUAGAACACGAGAAUCUUAUACUGCAGCAAGUGCCAGUGGAUAACUCUAUCAAAAUGGAACCAGAACAACACGAUAAAAAGGAGUCACAAAAAGCGGAGCAAGCUGCAACAGCAACUACAACACCCGAGGAUGAUCUCUCAAUGGAGCAAUUCAAGGAGCAGCUGGCCACUAAGCGUUUGUCGCGACAAACUGCGGUACAGGAUUUGCGUGAUGAGCUGACGAAUCUCCGCCAGCAACUGGCCUCCGAGCAGGCAGAAAAUCGAAAACUACGCCAGCGACAGCAACGGGAAGAUAAAAAAGAGGAAGAAUUAGACGAGAGUCCAACAUCAACAACAAAUCCCGAAGAGGCGGAGGUGGACACAGAUGAUGAGAAUCCGAGCAGUCGCAGUCGUCAUGCCAACAUUGAGCUGGCGAAUGCCCAACUAGCCCUGCAGUUGGCCAAUGCCGAAAAUCUAUCGCUGCGAGGUGAAUUGGAUGUGGUGCAGCGUCAAGUGGGUACCCUCAAGGAGGUCAUCUGUUGCUGCAAACAGAUGCUCAGUGUCAAAGAGGAGCAAUGUGCACAGCUCAAGAUGAAGCUGGAGCAGAUCGAGAACUCGUUCAGUGAGCGCGAAAUGAAGAUCAUGUCCAACAAUCUGCGACAGGAGUACGAGCGUCAAUUGGUCAACAUACGCCAGCUGCGGCAAUUGUACGAGGAGCGACAACGUGUUGCAGCUGCAGAAUAUGAGAAUUUACAAAGGUUAAUCUCGAUUAAGAGGGAUGAACUCACCGCCGAGCAGGAGAAAACGAAAAGCUUUGAGGAGCGCAAUCAAAUGCUGCUCAAGGAGCUGGAAACAGCCAACGAUGAGCUGGCCAAGUUGCGUGAGGAGUGCAACGAGCACAAGUACGAGAAGCGUGCGCUCAAGGAGCAAGUGAGCGCAGUCAAUUUGGUCUUUAGUCAGCUGGUGAUGGGUUUCAAUGGCAAGAAUAAUCUGGAUAUUGAUCGCCUGACAGAAAUGUUAGAGGAGAAUCGCGACCUGUUGAAUGAGAUGACACAAGCGGAAGGCAGCUGCAGCGAUGGUGCCUCACUGCCCAAGUUGCUCUUUGAGCUGGUUGAGCAGGCGGCCAAGUCGGAAAAAGAGGAGGAGAAAGACAAGGAGAUGGAUGAGGAUGAGAACGAGGAGAGUGACAAAAGUCGAAGUGCAACACCGACACCAGACCACACCAACUCAGAUGUGGGCGAGGACAGCACAGAUUGUGCUCGGCACGAGCCCAGUGGCAGGAAGCACCGGCGACGGAGCGGAGGAGCAACCGCUGGUGUGGCUUCGUUAAAAAGCCAUGAGCCCGAAAUUAUGGGAAAAGUUGCCAUGGCUCAAGAAAUCAUUGGCAACUUGCCAAAAGUUUGGAAAGUGUUGAUGGAACUCUUGAGUCACCACAAAAUCGAGCGUGUGCAGUUUGAAGAGCAGCCAGCAGUAGCAGCAGCAGCAAGCGAGCCAAGCCACAACAUGGCAACGGGAGCAACAACAGCAACACCAACAACAACAACAGCAGCAACAGCAGCAGCUGGAACAAGAGCAACAUCAACAACAACAACAACAUCUGCUGCUGGCAAAACCCCGGAGCUAAGCGUCAGCAAGACCUACAUCAAGUUGAAGGAUUUAAUAAUGGAGAAAAAAUCGCUGGUGAAGGAAACGACUCGUCUGAAGACGCUCAACUGUCAUUUGGAUUACAGGCUCAAUGAGCAGGAGAAGCGCCUGAGUGCGGUCAGCUUGGAGCUGACGAAAACUUGGCAUCUGGUUGGCAAAAUGCAGCGUCAGCAUCGACAACUGCAUACCCAGGAGCAGAUCUUACGUUAUCAGCUGCAACAGAAGCGACGCCUGCUCACCGAACUGAAGGACGAGUUGGAGUACUGUCGACGCAAAUGGGCUGCAGCCAGGGCCAAGAACGAUGAGAGUCAGGAGCAGUGCAACGAUUGGCGACGUGAAUUUGCUCGCAGGAAACUUGAGGAUGCACAUCAUUCGGCGGAAAGUGGAUACAGUGACUCUGGACCGCAGUCGGAUGAGGAUACGUCAGCGGCGGCAGACGGAGGAACAACAGCAAUUGUUUCAGAUCAACUGGAGGUGGCCUCCUCUUCAGUGCAUUGUCGACGCAAAUACUUGAGGGAUCAAUUUGAGCACACACGCAAAAUCAAACGCAUGCAGAGCACAUCGCCGGGUCGCCAAGCGGCUGCAGCAGCAGCAGCAACGGGAACAGCUGCCGCAGACGAGGAGGACUACACAGAGGAGAUUACGCUGCGCUGGAAUAGUGCGCCUCCCACUUGUGGCUGGCGUCAAGUCAACGAGGAGUUCGAGUUGGAUGCUGAUGUCUUGGCUGCCACAACACGCGGCGCUGUGCCCAAAACGAUGCACAGUUCACGCAGCCGGCAGCGUGGCAAGGUUGUGCCUACAGCUACCACCUCGCCAUCGCCAACAACAGCGGAUGCUGGCACCGCUAGUCGCAUACAGAAACUGGAGGCACAAUGCCAAUCACUUAUCCAGCAAGUGCUCGAGACUUCCGAUAAUCGGGAACGUCUUGAAAUACAGCUGUGUCGGUUUCAGGAUGACAUGGCACCCGUGCAACAUGCCGUGCCACUGGAUGAGUAUAUCAAUCGCAAGCGAUUGGAGCGCAUGACGCGUGCCAGUUCCGCACCAGCGGCGGGCUGUUUGACGCCACGUGAGGAGGAGUACACACGCAAGCGUUCCGAGCGUUUGGGUCGCCUCGAGGAGGAAUCGCGACAGUUACUGCAACGCAUCAAGCGCACCACAGAUCGUGGUCACUAUCUAAAGAAAUCGCUGGAUCGCAUACGACGAGCCCCAAGUCCCGAGGCCAGCUCCGAGGAGGAGCCGACCAAGACAAGCUCACCGUUAACGGAGCAGGAGGAAUCCUAUACGUCACGCCGUGCGGCACGUCUGCAGCGCAUGGAGCAGGAGAGUCAACAGCUGCUUCAACAGCUCGCCCGUAAUACGGAGCGAGGUGAUACCUUAACCCACAAGCUGGACACACUCCACGAACGUCAUGGUAGCCCCAGCGAGCAGACUCCAAUGGAAACUCCAACCGUAGCCAGCAUAUCGCAGACUGUUGAACAGCGUCUGGAGGACAUUGAGAGAGUGUCGGCAAAUCGCGCCGAGCGUUUGCGUCGCAUGGAACUGGAGGGCAAUGAGUUGAUAGCGCGUCUGAGUCACACAUCCGAGCGGGGAACGGCGAUGAUUAAUCGCAUUGCCGAGCGUGAGGCGACCAAGCGACAGGAGGCGGAAGUCCUCGAGUCUGUCCUGGAGCAGCAGACGAGCAGCAAUAACAUUGCCAGCACCGUGGAGCCAGCAAGUGAAGCUGCUUGCAGUGCCACAAUCACAACGACAGCCAGUCAAUUGGCUCUACAGCUACAAUCCACGGGUGCCAUACCAAAAACAGUGACAUCUAACAGACCGCAGGCCAGAACACAACCAGCCUUGAUGCAGCUGUGCGCAACUGUCAGACACGAGGAUGCCAAUAAGAAGAAGCUCAGGGACACAACGGAAUCAGAGAAGGUCAAAGAUGUGCCACGGAUGCAGGUGGAGUCACUGGAGGAUAUGGUGCAACGAUUGCGUGCGUUGCCCUUCCCCGCAGAAGCACAAAACGGAAUGGAGCAGCAGACAGUAGAGGAACAGGAGAAGGUGAAAGAGGUGAAGGAGAUGGAGCAGCAUGCAGUAGAGGAACAGGAGAAGGUGGAAGAAAGCAAGGAGCAGGAGAUGGACCCCCAAGCAGUAGACGAGCAGCAGAAGCUGGAAAACCUAAAGGAGCAGCUGAAGGAGGAGCAGGAAGGCAACUAAAGCAAUUUGCUUACCACUCAAGACUUUCUAUUAGCACUGUUUCAGAUUUCGAGUGCGCUUUCAUUUCAAAUAGUUCGAUAAUUUCCAACUUUUACAAUUGCAAAAAGUAAUUUUCAACUCAUGUUUUUAUUGUACUUAUUGAUUAGCCAGUUGCAACUUUUGAACAAAGAAACGGAAACGUUAAUGACUUUAAAAACUAUAUAGCAAUUCAAAAUAAAGGAUAUACGAAAAUUUUUAAUUAAAUUGUUGAUAUUGCAAUUGAAAUCUGAAGCAGUUAUUUGUGUAAUCAAAACCAAUAAAUGCGAAACGAUGUUCAUUAGAAUUUACUCAUAACUACGAAUACUCGCUGAGAAGCUGUUCAGCCCGAUUCCUAUAACUACUAAACAUAUAUACCUUUUAUCAUGUAUACUUCGGGCCUUAUGAUAAACACACAGAAUAAAAUAUUUAAUACAAAAAUGGA